AUGCCGUCACCAACAACAAAUAAACCGUUGGUUUCAAUAAAAAAUGCAUUGUUUGCUCAAUCAUUGAUAUUGUCAAAGAAAAAAACCCCUCAAUAUGUGUUCCCUAAACCAAUAAAUUUUACAAUUAAUUCAAGUAAAGAAAAAUGGUGUGUUUGGGGCCCAUCUAAAUCCAAAUUCUUGAAUAUUUUAAAUGGCUCCAACUAUUUAAUAUUACCGAACCCAAAAGUUGUUCAGUAUAACAAACCAGCUAACAUCAAUGAUCAUACACCAAAUAACAAAUUUCAUAUUGAAUACAUUAAGUUUAAAUUACCUCCAACAACACCGCACUUAAGUGCACGUUUUGAGUAUUUUAAAGACGAGUUUGACCAAAACUUAUCCACUUUUGUUAAAGAUAUAGGAGACACUUCAACACGGGUAGAUUAUACAUUAUCAAAAACCGACCGUCAAAUAGAUGAAGCUGUAUAUAAUGAAAUAAUGAAUAAAUUAGAAUUGUUGGAUAUCCAAGACAGAUUAGUUAUGGCGCUAAGUAACGGACAGAUGAGAAGGGCAAGGUUAGCUAGAAGUUUGUUGCACAAGCCUGAUUUAUGUCUUGUUGAUGAUUUAUACUUGGGAUUGGAUCCCCAUGGUAGAAGUUUAAUUUCCAAAGUUUUGAAUUGGUAUAGUGAACAAGCGGGGAAUGGUGGUGGCUGUGUUGUUACUGGGUUAAGGAUACAGGAUGAAAUACCUCAAUGGUGUACUCAUAUUGUUUGUUGUGACGAAGUUGAGGGCAUUGUGUUUCAAGGUGAAAUUGGCCGGUUGAAUUCUGAAAUUAGGGAUUAUAAAACCCGGUGGUUGAACAGCAGCAAUACGCGUAUUUCAGGCACUGGUAUCGGUAACAAAACAAAAUAUACAACAGAUGAUUUGAUCUCUACUCAUGAAUGGUAUCACGAAGAUGGAAAUCUCGGAAAGGGACAUGAAACAUUCAAAAUGCUAAAUUAUGAACUAAAAGAUAUAGAUGUUGCCUAUAGAGGCGUUCCCGUUUUAAAAAAUAUACACUGGAAAAUAGCCAAAGGUUCCAAAUGGCAUAUAAGGGGUAACAAUGGGUGCGGAAAAAGUACAUUACUGUCACUAUUGACUGCUGAUCAUCCCCAAUCAUGGAAUUCUAAAAUUAUUGUUGAAGGGAAACCCAGAAAAACCGGGAACUCCAACUAUUUUGAUAUUAAUAAGGAAAUUUCGGUUUCUUCUCCUGAAUUACAUGCAGUAGCUCUUAAGAACCGUGAGAUGAGUGUUUUAACGUGUUUAUUGAGCGGGUUUAAUGAUGAUUCUUCAAAUAAUUUCUUGGUUAAAAAGGCAAGCUACACAAAUAAUAGAAUGAAAUUAAUAGAUAUGUACGUGGAUUAUUUUGGUGUUAAUGUCCCAGACAUUGAAUCAUGCAAAUUCCAGGAUUUGUCAGUUUCGGAUCAAAAGUUAAUAUUGUUUAUAAGAUGUUGUUUAAAAAUGCCCAAAUUGAUGAUUCUAGAUGAGUCCUUUAGUGGUAUGGAAGUUGAUCCGAUGUUGAGAUGUCAUAAUUUUUUGAAAAGCUGGCCUGGCACUGUUUUAGUUGUUUCCCACAUAGAAGAAGAGACGCCUGAAGUUGAUCACUAUAUAAGAUUGAUAAAACCAGGUGAGUAUGAGAUUGGUGACGUUAGUCAUGAUUAG